AUGGUCACUGUAAUGAUUCCAGGACAGGCUAACUAUCAGGCCCCUAGUGUGAUUCCAGGACAGGUUAACUAUCAGGCCCCUAGCGUGAUUCCAGGACAGGUUAACUAUCAGGCCCCUAGUGUGAUUCCAGGACAGGUUAACUAUCAGGCCCCUAGUGUGAUUCCAGGACAGGUUAACUAUCAGGCCCCUAGUGUGAUUCCAGGACAGGUUAACUAUCAGGCCCCUAGUGUAAUUCUACGACCAGACUGCGUGGGUGUGGUCGCUGGGUUGGAACCUGGAGAAGUACGUCACCUUUGUUCCGGCCACCGUCACCUCCUGCAGCCACAGCUAACGUCGAAGGCACAGCAGGAACGCCAAGCUCCAAAACGGCACCUUUCACUAAUUGGAAAAAUGACCACAACGCACCAGGAACACACACAGCAUGUGACUUCACCACAGCAACCACGACAAGUGCCCCCACCACAGCAACCACAACAAGUGCCCCCACCACAGCAACCACAACAAGUGCCCCCACCACAGCAACCACAACAAGUGCCCCCACCACAGCAACCACAACAAGUGCCCCCACCACAGCAACCACAACAAGUGCCCCCACCACAGCAACCACAACAAGUGCCCCCACCACAGCAACCACAGCAAGUGCCCCCACCACAGCAAGUGCCCCCAACACAGCAACCACAGCAAGUGCCCCCAACACAGCAACCUCAGCAUCGUCACCCACGCCGACAGCUUCACCAGGGCUCACGGUGGCAGCACGGUGACCACAUCAAGAGCAAAUGGACGACUAGUCAAACGUCACCCGCGCUUGGCGACGUUCACACCUCUGAGCCCAGACGUCGGAAUACCGGUGAUGUCAGUGGGGAAGUCCCAGACAGCUACAUUGACACCACCUUCAGCACUUCUGCCGUCAGCACUGACAGCAACAACACCGCCGUCGUCGUCAGCACAACUUCUGACGAAAACUCCGAAGGAACGGAGCCCGCACCGGUUGUUAAACAUCACGUGCGUGAUGCCUCAGGAAGAAAAGAUACUCUAAAUUACCAGGGUCCCAGCGAGGUUGUGGAAGAGUCUGGCGGCCGUCUACGUCGACCAUCACGAGACCUGGGCCUCAGCCCUUAUGCAGGACCAGAGUCGGCGCCUCAAUUGCACUACACCCACAUCGAGCAGACGGUGUCGCCAGGUUCGCCCGUCUCUCUCAAGUGUUCGGCUGUGGGCACUCCGCCUCCUGUCGUCACCUGGACUCGCGAUCACCGCCCUCUCCUUCCUUCCCACAGCACGAGUGAGAGGAGCUCGAGGACGCCCCAGGGGGAGGUGGUGAGCGUAGUGAACCUGAGCUCCGUGACGGCGCGGGAGGGCGGCUACUACACCUGCACCGCCAAAAACGUCCAUGGCUCCGUCGCCCACACCGCCAGGCUCAACGUCUACGGUCCGCCCUUCGUGAGGGCCAUGGACAACGUGACGGCGAUGUCUGGGGAGGACGUAAGGCUGUGGUGUCCUGCAGGAGGGUAUCCUACUCCCUCCAUCAGCUGGCGUCGGGACGGCCACCCACUCCCUACCUCCCUCAGACAGGAUAUAGUGACCAACGGGACGCUGAUAGUGAGGAACGCAGGCAACGAGGAUGCCGGCCGCUACACGUGCGUCGUCACCGGCAGACAGGGGCAGACUGCCUCCUCUCACGUUUUUCUCCACGUGCUCAAGCCCCCCAAGAUCGAGCCGUUCUCGUUCCGGAGUGAGCUGCAGGAGGGCGAGCGGACGCAGUUGACCUGCAUGAUCAACUCCGGUGACCUCCCCAUCACCAUCAACUGGCUCAAGGACAGCCGACACCUCCAGCACGACCCCGGUAUUGAUAUCAAGUCCAUGAGUGAUUACUCCAAGGUGCUGCUCUUCAAGAAGCUCCGCGAACAUCAUUCUGGCUCCUACACCUGCGAGGCCGCGAACGCUGCCGCCACAGUCAACUACACCGCUGCUGUCAGGGUCAAGGUGUCACCGCGGUGGGUGGUGGAACCAGCGAGUGCCACGGCACUAGUGGGGUCAACAGUGGUCCUUGACUGCAGUGCCCGUGGCUACCCGGUGCCAGAGUUGACGUGGAUGCGGGCUCCAGGGGAGGCGGCGAAGGACUUCCAGGCGGUAGGGCUGGACGGCAGGAGGGCCUCGCAGGCGCCUAAUGGCUCCCUUGUCCUGCCCGACGUUUCCACCAGCAGCGCCGGCUGGUUCCUCUGUAGCGCCGCCAACACUGUCGGCAAGCCCAUCUCCAAGGUCGUCCAGCUCACCGUUCAUGCGCCGGCACGCGUGGUGACGGAGGGCAGGCGAGUGACGGGUCACGCUGGCCAGACGGUCAUGGUGGAUUGCGAGGCGACAGGUGACGACCCACUCACACUUACCUGGCACCGACAUCACGCCCCCGUCUCACAAGGCCACAGGACGACGGUGCGACAGGGUGGUAUGGGCGGGACGGUGAGGGCCGUGCUGGAGAUCAGGGCGGUGGCCGCCGCCGACGCUGGUCCGUACACAUGUCGCGCCAUCAAUUCCCACGGCGAGCAUUUCCAAGUGUUCGAUAUCGCCGUUAUAGAGCCGCCCACGGCACCUACAGGAGUGACGGUGUCUGAGGUGGGCAGCCGCUCGGCUCGUCUCACCUGGAUACUGCCUCAACCUGCAGCCAUCACCAUACAGUACAGAGCGGCUGAGGGCGAGUCAUGGGUGUCCCAUGGGCGUAACGUGAGCGUGGGUCAGUGGGCGUCAUGGCACGUGCUGACGGGCCUCACUCCCUACCACACCUACGCCGUCAGGCUGAUGGCACACAACGACCUGGGCGUGUCGCAGCCCUCGCAGACUCACAUUUUCACCACCCUCGAGGAAGCACCGACAGGAGCGCCCCGGGACGUGCGGGUGGCGGCAGGAGGCCCACAUUCUCUGCUGGUAACAUGGCGUGCCCCGGUGCCCCACCUCACCCACGGUCCCCUCAGGGGCUACUCCAUCGCCCUGCGUCGCCAGAACCUGCAGGGGCACCUCACCUACAUCACCAGGCCAGUCACGGCACCUGCAGGCGACGUUGAGGGUGUGGAGCAGUAUGAGGUGCGGGACCUCACUCCCGCCUCCCUCUACGAGGUGGCUGUGAGGGCCUUCACGAGGGCGGGGCCCGGACCUCUCUCCUCUCCCAGGAUUGUCGAUGCCACCAGCCACGACGCACCUUCGUGCCCUCCUGCCGGAGUGUCGUGUCGCGGGUCAGGUCGAGGCAGCGUGAGGGUGUGGUGGUCCCCCCCGCCCACACACUGCGUCCCUGCCCCGGUCAGCGGCUACACCAUCGUCGCCACGCCCACCAAGCACGCCCAUCACACUACAAGCGGCAGCACCUGGGAGGUCAACACCACCAACCUGGAGAAGAACUUGGACGGUCUCCCGCCGGCCACUAACGUCAGCGUCCGCGUCAGAGCGUUUAACGAGGUCGGCUUCAGUCCCUCUAACGACCCAGUCUUCUGUGUCACGGAAGAUGACGUGCCAGGUCCACCUCGGAGGGUGAGGGUGAUAGUGACAGGCGGCACCACACUGCUGGUGACGUGGUCGCCACCAUACCCACGGGCCGGCACUAUUCUUCACUACACUCUUUACUCGGCCAGGGACGACCAGGUGGCGGUGAGAGAUGUGGUGGGUGCAGGUGGAUCAGAGGCCACCUGGCGGGAACUAAGCGGCCUCAUUCCUGCCUCCAGGGUGCAGGUGUGGGUAACUGCUACUACAGUGGCCGGGGAGGGCAGCCAAUCCCCAAGGCUCACCGCCCUGCCCACCCCUACACCCACACACACUCCCGUUGCUGUGGGUGGUGGGCGGUCAUGGUGGGUGGGGUCAGGUUCAGGAGUGACCCUGGGGUGCAGAGGCCUCGGGUCACCGCCUCCAGUCAUCUCCUGGAUGAAGGAUAGUGUCACCCUCGGCAGCACCCACCACACCCAGCUCCUUCCAGGAGGAGACCUGCACCUCACAGCGGUGCGGGAGUCUGCCAACUACACGUGCUGGGUCCGCAACAGUGUGGGCGUGGACAGUCUGACACACCAGGUGGUGGCCGUCACCGCGCCCCCGCCGCCCACACUCACCUUCACCCACGCCACCCACUACGCCCUCAACCUCACCAUCAACCAGGCUGGUGACGGAGGGGCGCCCAUUCUUGGUUACACCGUCCACCACCGCCAGCGGGCCGGGGAGUGGGCGGAGACGGGCGUGGACCCCGGGGUGAGGAGCCUGGUGGUGCGGGGGCUGCCGUGCGGAGCUCCUCACCACCUCUACCUCACAGCCUGGAACACCUACGGCACCAGCGCCCCCAGCCCUGUGCUCCUCGCUAACACUCUUGGCAGCCCCCCGGGCCGCCCUGAUCCUGCUAAGGUAGUGGAGAUCAACGCUACCUGUGUCACGCUACGCCUCUAUAUCUGGCCGGAGCUGGGCUGCCCCAUCACCCACUGGAAGGUUGAGCUUGGUAACGAGGAGGCGGAGGUACCCUGGAAGCCCCUGUAUACUCAUGUGAACCGGGAUACCAACGACCUGGGCCUGUGUGACCUGACGUCGGCUACCUGGCACCUUCUGCGGAUCACUGCAGCGUCCACUGCGGGAGACACAUCUGUAGUGUACCGUGUCGCCACCAGGGACCCCGCUGGAGGUUCGAUGGCAGCGGAGUCGGUGCAGGAGGUCCUGGUGAGCAACCCGACUAUGACAGGUGGCUGGCUGGAUGCUCAUGUUGUGGCAGGAGCCGUCAGCGCCCUACUGCUGGCUACUGCUCUCAUUAUCUGCCUCUGCGUCGCUGUCAGGCGGCGCCGGUAUGGUGGGUACAGACCGGGCAAGAGUCUGGACAACAAGGGUGGAGGAGAGGAGGACAAUGCCCGCAACUCCGAGCUCACCCGCGCCCACCUCUACUCUCCCACGCCCACCAAGAAGCCCCACGGCUCCCUGGCCUCCCUCAAGACGCAGGACGACACCUCUGACCCCUACGAGAUCUGCCCCUACGCCACCUUCAGCGUGGGCAGUUCGGAAGGUACAUUAGAGUAUGGUCUGUCUCUACACGCUAUGACCCCCCGCGACUGUCUGGACCAUCCUGUCCACAGUGAGCGGCACAGUCAACAGUCUCCCGCCUACGGCCAGGUCCCCCGCCAGCGGGCACAGUCACACUACAAGGAGACAGAGAUUGCUUACAUAAGUAACCGGAGCCGAGCAGAGUACGGGAGCCGGCCCAAGUCCCUCCCCGCAGCCCAGCCCACGCCCACGCCCACACCCGCGCCUGCUGGGGACGCCUCCGAGCAGAGGGCGUGGCCCGAAGACCCCAGGAAGGACACCCGCAGCCGCCCACAUCGCUCCAGGAGCCGGUCAAGAGGAACAGACACCUCGCGCCGUGACUCCAGCACGGAGAGCAACGAUGCCUCCUCGCCCGUGCAGCAGCCACAGCGACAGCACUAUCAGCACCCUCAGAUGCCACCCAAGCCCCACCACCUCUCUCAGCAGUUAGCCGCACAGCAGCAGCAGCAGCAGCAGCAGGCAGCAGUGCGUGUCGGGCCGCACCCGCUGCCCCCUGUUCGCCAUGCCAGAGUGCCGAGCGAGUCAUCCUCGAGCGAAGCGUCUCCCCUGACUCCCCCUCGACCUCUUCACCCACCCACAGCGUUCUCCGACUCGAGGGAGCUGUCGGAGGCGGAGUGUGACAGAGAGAUGGCACAAGACUGUGCUGUGGGCGAGGGGCCGUCGGCCGCCGCCGCCGGAGGAAGAUGCAGUGGCUCCGGCGGGCAGAGUGCGGUCGACAGCAUGCCCGCAGAGCUGACCGUCUUGUUGCAACGCUACAAGCAGCACCUCGGGCACGAUGCCCAACACAAACAGCAAAAACUUCAAAGAGGACCCCAGAAAAAUCCUUACAGUAUUAAUGUGUAGUUUCAACCUUUUUUUUUUUUAUUAAAAAUACAAAACCAUAAAAAGUAAAAAUAAUCAUUUUUCGGGGAAAAUAUUUAUAUUUUUAUAUUUCAGUUACUGAAAGAUAUAUAAUUUACUUAACUUUUAACUGAUAUAAAUACUCAGUGUUUAAUAGUGCUUUUUACACAGUUUAAUCAACACUGAGUAUUGUUGGCAUGUCAACAAGCGGAAAAUAUAUGCCAAGUGGACGAUGCUGUCAUAUAGUCUUAUAAAUGCUGUACAAUUUGGCAGCUGAACAUAACUGUUACAAUAGAUGCAUGAUAAUCCUUGUACAAGUGUGAACACAGCACAGUGUGAACCUCGUACCAAUGUGAACACAGCAGCACAGUGUGAACCUCGUACCAGUGUGAACACAGCACAGUGUGAACCUCGUACCAAUGUGAACACAGCACAGUGUGAACCUCGUACCAAUGUGAACACAGCACAGUGUGAACCUCGUACCAAUGUGAACACAGCACAGUGUGAACAUUGUAUCAGUCUGAACACAGCAGCAGCACAGUAUGAACCAAAAGCUUUCUUUCAGAAAUCUCUCCUCUGUGUGUUCAUCAAAUCAACUUUGAGAGGUAGCGAAACAUCACGACGAGACUGACAUUGGUCAGCUCCUGGCUGACGACCUGUCUCUCCUCUACACCAUAGGGCAAACUAAGGGCCCUUGAGUGAUGACCAUUGUCUCUGCUACAAUAUUUCCCUGACUUAAAGACCCUGGCUGAAGAGCAUUAUCUCCUCUACAUCAUAAGACUGACCAAGGGGCCUAGUUAAAGAGCUAGCAUCUUUACAAUACAUGGCUGACCAAGGGGCCCUAGUUAAAGAGCAUUAUCUCUACAAUACAUGGCUCACGAAGGUUCCUAGUUAAAGAGCAUUCUCUACAACACAUGGCUGACAUAGGGCCCUGACUGACGAUCAGUGUCUCCUCUACAUCAAUUACUAGUUCGUACCUUAUACUGAACUACGAUGCUCAUCAGUAAUUUUAUGAAUUUGGAGCCAAAUGUCAGGAGAACUAUUAAAGGGAAACAGUGAAUUUGUACAGAAAUUUAGUAUACAAAAAUAUACAUUCAUAAUAUAUACUUACAUACAUGCAUACAUACAUACAUUCAUACAUACAUUUAUAUACUGUACAAAACUAUAAACUAUUUUAAAUUUGUCAAUCAUGUUAUAUAAUUCUGAAAUUAGUGUAUCAAUAUUUAAUUAACUGUAUUUUGUAUGAUAAAACUGCACAUCUUAACUGAAAUUUAAUUCGAGUCAUUGUAUAGGCCUAAGAUACAAGUUUUUGUAAUUAUCCUUUGUUAACAUUAAUAAACUCCCAAUAAAUAAAAACAAUAAAAAACAAAAAAAAAACUAUGGGAUCUUAAAAUA